AAAUUUAAAAAAUGGAAUAUCUAACCGAUGAUGUAUUAAUUCGCAUACUGAGCUAUUUAGAUCUUAAAUCGCAGCAAAUCAUGUUAGAUUUGCAUCCACGCUUCUUCAAUUUGAUGCCGAUUGUCUGGAUCUCACAGUAUAAAACAGUCAAGAUUUCUUUAUACGAGGCAAAGUUUUCCAUCGCCCACUUGCGAUACUUUUUUCGAAGCAUUUCCAAAACUGUACAAGUGAUGCAUCUGAAAAUGAUGUGUGCGGAGCAAUAUAUGGUGCUCCUUGAGUUCAUUUUUCCAAAAGUUUACGAUUUUCGGUUUGCAACUGUGCCAAGUAGAUUGCUCUCCGAUUCGGAUAUACCAAGAUUAAUCAUGACGUUUCCAAACUUGAAAGAAUUUAGUCCUCAAGGAAGUUUUUCGGGCAGAUUUUUUACCGACUUUCCAUUAUUGGAGCGACUAACAUUGACUUAUUGCCAGCAUUUUAGUGUUGAAAAUCUGGCAAACGUUAUGAAAGUACGCAAAUUAAAAGAAAUCAAGCUUUGCCUUUUUGAUCGCAAGACUAUCGAAAAAACUCCUAUAUGUCUGGCCGCAGACUCAAUGGCUAAUCUUGAGUCCAUUAAAGUGGAAAUUGAUGAGCUGCCCUGGUUUGAAGACCACUUGGGAACACUUAAUCGCCUUUCUGAGCUGACCAUUUGUGGUCCUGGACUUAUGGGCAUACUUCCUUUACUAUGCCGCAAGCUGGGCUCUAUAACUGAAAAGCAUCAUUUCAAAAUUUUGGAAACAUGCAACACCACUGACACAUUGUGCACUGUAAUUGAAUCAAAGCUACGUGUGGAUGCUCUAAAAAUCGUUACAGAUAAUUAUCUAUUGGAAGACCUGGGCUUUUUUUCGCCCAACAGCUUUGAAUACCUAAAGCAAUUGUUUUUUAAAAGUUGUUGUAUCCAAGAAAAACAAUAUUUUAACAAUCUUAUGCACAACAUUGCAAACAUCGAGCUUGUUAGCUUUGAGCAAUGUGUUUUUACAUUUAAUAGAUACAAAUUUAUGACAGCUAAAAUCGUUGAGAAACGUAAAAAGCUUUUGCAGGUCAACUUAUUCCAAAAUACAUGUGUUUGCACUAGAAAACCUUGGAGAUAUGUCAAAAUCGGUGAGCAUCCCUUACUGGAAUUUGUUGAGGGUAAAAACUAUGAUUACACAUUUGAACCCAUUUACAUGACAUUCAUGAUAGAAUGA